AUGGCUUAAUUAAAAAAACUAUAAAAAUUAAUUAAAAAAAGAAGAAGAAGAAAUUUUUUUUAAAGAUUGGGAUAGAUAAUAAAUAUUUAUUAAAUUAGCUAAAAGAAAAAAAAGAUGGGAUAAAUAAAAUCAAAGAUAAUAAAAAACCUUAUGAAUAAAAAACAAUAUACUAGCUUAGAAAGUUUUACUAAUUCUUAUUUGAUUUAUCAUGAAAUAUUGGAUUUAAAUUUUAGCCAAAGAUUAUAUGAAGAGCAUGCUCUAAUAAUUUAAAAUGCUAUUAAAAAAUGCUAAUAACUUAAAAAUUUAACUUUGAAUUUAAGUUAAAAUUAGCUAAAUUUCUAAACUUUACAGCUUAUUAUGAAUGGAAUUCAUGAAUGUUUGAAUCUCUAAUUCCUUAAUUUGAAUUUGAGGAAUGUAUGUCUAAAAGAUAAAGGUGAAUAUUUAGGAUCAAGUAUAGCAAAAAAUAGAAAUAUUUAACAUCUAACUUUGAAAAUGCAUAAUAACAGUAUUCAUAAUUAAGAUGCAUAUGACAUAGUUUUAGGAAUAUCUAAAUGUACUAAGCUAACGAACUUAGCUUUAAUAUUUAACUCAAACAACGAUAUUGAAGACUAAGGAAUAUCAUUUAUAGGAUAAAGUUUAGCUCAAUUUAAAAAUCUCUAAAAUUUAAAAUUAGUUAUUUGGUUUAACAACAAAGGUGUAGCCUGCUUAUAAAAUUUACAAAUGGGUAUUGCAUAAUGUGAAAAUCUUUCAAUAUUGACUCUGAUAAUAGGUUUCUAAAAUAAAUAGAUAACAUAAUAAAGUAUAAAUACUCUAGCUUAUUAAAUUAAAGCUUGGAAGAAAUUAACCUCCUUGAGCUUAAUUUUAGAUAUUUAAAUUUUGACUGGACAAAGAAAUUAUAUUAUUGAUCUUCAAGCAAAAAAACUAGAGAGGUUAGUGAGUUUAAAAAUUAUAUAUUUAUGA